AUGGCACGUGAAAUCAUUUCAAUCCACAUUGGUCAAGCUGGUGUACAACUUGGACAAAGUUGUUGGGAAUUAUAUACCUUGGAACAUGGUAUUGGAAAGGAUGGUUUAUUAACCGAACAACAACAAAAAGUACGUCAAAACGACACUACAUCAUCUGUAACUGUUGAUCAAGGAUCGUUUUCAACCUUUUUCAACCUUUCAUCCAAUGGUAAAAAGGCCGUACCACGUGCACUCUUUAUCGAUCUCGAACCAACCGUUAUCGAUGAGAUUCGUACAUCAGACUAUAAGAGUCUUUUCCAUCCAGAGUAUAUGAUCUCUGGCAAGGAAGAUGCCGCCAACAACUAUGCUCGUGGUCACUAUACCGUCGGCAAGGAAAUCGUAGAUGUUUGUUUGGACCGUAUCAGAAAGUUGGCCAAUGAAUGUGAGGGUCUCCAAGGUUUCCUCGUCUUUCACUCUGUAGGUGGUGGUACUGGUUCUGGUUUUGGUUCUCUCCUCCUCCAACGUCUCUCUUUGGAUUACGGUAAAAAGAGCAAAUUAGAUUUCUGUAUCUACCCAUCGCCACAAGUAUCCACCUCUGUUGUCGAGCCAUACAACUCUGUCCUCUCGACCCACGCUCUCCUCGAACACACCGAUGUUGCCUUUAUGCUCGACAAUGAAGCCAUCUAUGACAUUUGUCGUCGUUCACUUGGUAUUGACCGUCCAUCAUACACCAACCUCAAUCGUUUGGUCGCUCAAGUCAUUUCUUCGCUCACUGCUUCUCUUCGUUUUGCCGGUGCCCUCAACGUUGACAUUAAUGAAUUCCAAACCAAUCUUGUCCCAUUCCCACGUAUUCAUUUCAUGUUGUGUUCCUAUUCACCAAUCGUCUCUCGUGAAAAGGCUGACCACGAACAAAUCUCUGUCUCUGCCAUCACCAAUGCCGUCUUUGAUCAAGAAAAUAUGAUGGCCAAGUGUGACCCAACCCAAGGCAAGUACAUGGCUUGUUGUCUCAUGUACCGUGGCAACGUUGUCCCCAAGGAAGCCCACAAGGCCGUCUCUGACCUCAAGACCAAGAGCAAGGCUGUAAGCUUUGUCGACUGGUCCCCAACCGGUUUCAAGUGUGGUAUCAACCACGAAGCCCCAUCUGUCGUCCCAGGCGGUGAUUUGGCCAAGGUUGAAAGAUCCGUUUGUAUGUUGUCCAACACUACCGCCAUCGCCCAAGUCUUUAGCCGUAUCAACCGCAAGUUUGACCUCAUGUACACCAAGCGUGCUUUUGUUCAUUGGUACGUCGGUGAAGGUAUGGAAGAAGGUGAAUUUGCUGAAGCUCGUGAAGAUCUUCAUGCUCUUGAAAAGGAUUAUGAAGAGGUAAAGGAAAGUUCUACUCAAGGUGGUGAUGUUGAAGAUAUGUAA